AGACCCCAAAAACAUCAUCAGUCACGAUUCAAAGCUCCUCCAGACAAGUCCAAGCUGCAAACACAAAAACCCAAAAUGUUCAAAUACGUAGCUAUUGUUGCUCUGCUGUUCGCCUCCGCCAGCGCCGGCCUAAUUGAGACUCACCAUGUGCUGCACGAGCCCGUUCUGGCUAAGGUGGGCACUGUGGUUCACAGCGCACCCUCGGCUGUCUCCCACCAGAGCAUCACUCAGGUCCAUAGCAAGCCUGUCGUCCAACAUGUCGUAGCUCCAGUUCUGAAGACCACCAUCCAUUCCGCUCCAGCUGUGGCUGUCCAUGCCGCUCCAGCUGUGGGUGUCCAUGCCGCUCCUGUAUACCAUGCUGCUCCAGUGGUGCCCGUUGUCCACUCCGCGCCUUUGAUCAAGUCUGUGGUGCACACAGCUCCUUUGGCUUACACUCUGCAUCAUUAGAUGGCGAUUUGCCUGAAUGAGAACAUCAGCUAUUGAUUGUGAUAGGGAA